AGAGGAACUCGGCUAACCCUACAUCAUGGUAUUGAUCACCAUGUCGGCGUAGAAGGAAAACAAAAGUCAGAACAAUCGUUCUGUGCUGAAACGGAGUCUUUAAAAUGGCCGGCGAGGAGGAGAGGGCGGUGGUCCGUGUCAAAGUCAAGAGAUGGUGAUGUAAUGCUUUUCAGAAAUGUGAUGGGGUUCUUCCUGUGGAGUUUCGCUCCUUUGCUGUGGAUCCUCAGAUAACAUCACUGGAGGUCCUGCAGCACAUACUUAUCAGAGCCUUUGAUUUGAAUGGAAAGCGGAAUUUUGGGAUCAGUUACCUGUCUCGAGAUCGGAGUGGUGCUGAAAUGUUUCUGUCUCUGGUGUCUGACUGGGAUUUGGAUGUUGCAUUUGUCAGUGCAGCCAAACCGUAUCUACAGCUCAAGAUGGACAUAAAACCUUCAGAAGACAGUCCUGUUAUGGAGGACUGGGACAUCAUAAGCCCAAAAGACGUGAUUGGCACUGAACAACUUCUUGCAGACAGGACCAGGUCUUUGGCAUCUGCAGCUCUUCCCUUUACCCAGUCGCUAUUGUCACAGGUGGGCCGAACUCUGUCCAAAGUCCAGCAGGCCUUCAGCUGGUCUUAUGGGGAGGAGAUCAAGCCUUUUAAGCCCCCUCUGACUGAUGCUGAAUUUCACAGUUACCUCAAUGGACAAGGCCAGUUGACACGACCUGAAGAACUCAGACUACGUAUCUACCAUGGUGGUGUGGAGCCCUCACUGCGCAAGGUUGUUUGGCGAUACCUCCUGAACGUCUACCCCGAUGGACUGAGUGGACAGGAAAGAAUGGACUACAUGAAGAGGAAGACAAGGGAGUAUGACCAGCUGAAGAGAGAGUGGACGGCCCAGGUCAGCAACGAGGACCUUGAAUUUAUACGUGGGAAUGUUCUUAAAGACGUCCUCAGGACAGACCGGGCUCAUCCAUACUAUGCAGGCUCAGAAGACAGUCCACAUUUGACUGCCCUCACAGACCUGCUCACCACAUUUGCUGUCACUCAUCCACAGAUAUCCUACUGUCAAGGCAUGAGUGACAUCGCCUCACCUAUACUUGCGGUAAUGGACAAUGAGGCACAUGCCUUCAUUUGCUUUUGUGGCAUUAUGAAACGGCUGGAGGGUAACUUCCGGCCAGAUGGGCAGCUCAUGUCUAUUAAGUUCCAGCAUCUUAAGCUGCUUCUGCAGUACUCGGAUCCUGAAUUUUACUCUUACCUGGUGUCCCGAGGAGCUGAUGACCUCUUCUUCUGUUACCGCUGGCUGCUUCUGGAACUCAAGCGAGAGUUUGCGUUUGACGAUGCUUUGAGGAUGCUCGAGGUUACCUGGAGCUCCCUGCCCCCGGAUCCUCCUGAAACCGAGGUGGAGCUCCUGGGGCCACCACUGGAGACAGAUGAAACAAUGUCCUGCAAGGACAAGACAGUUGAGAAUUGCCACAGAGAUGAUAAGGAACAAAAAGAAAAGCAGCGUAGACGACAUAUGCUGAGGCCUUCAAGAGAAGAAUUAGUUGUGAGCAGGAAUGCUGUCAUAGAACAAAAAGAUGUAAGUGCUGGAAAGGGAAGCGAGGGCACGGGAUGUGAUAUUCUUCAAGUGACCAUGGAAAAGGCAGAUUUGCAGGCUCCUCCUUUAGAGAGGCAAACUAGUUUCGGAGAAUUUAAAUACUAUACUGCCCGAAAUAAAGAUAGCUUUGAAAUGGAGGAUGCUGAACAGCCACAGGGCUUGGUGGCUUUAAAAUCAGUAACAAGUAUCCCAAGGCGCCAGUCCACAGUUGACAGUGAGGAGGACCCAGGCGAGAGAACACCUCUCAUAAAAAACUGUGACAAUGCUUUCUCUCCAAUGUCAUCAUCUCCUCUCUUUCCUAUUGGCCUACCAAUCUGGAAAACUGGCCAUUGUGUCUCUCCUACAUCUUCAUUGUCACCCUCCAGCUGGCCAGGUGCUUCUCCAGACUCUCCUCCAAAAACCUCUUCUCCAUCCCCAUCCACAACCAAUGGAAGAGAUGCCUUUCCAAGAACAAUCUCAAAAGCACUGACCUCAUCUGCCCAAGUGCUCAGCAGUACAGGAAUUAACUCGCCCACAACCCCCACCAUAAAGACAUCUGUUGCAUCUCCCUCCCACAAUCGACCCCUAUUAUCUUCACCCAUUUUGUUUGGAAGAGGCCCCUCACUGUCUGGCAGCCGGUCAUAUUCCAGCAAUCUUCCUUCACCUGGCAACAAAUCUCCCAGCACCACAGCUAACACGCCCAGUUCUUCAAAAGCUGAGACCACCAGCAUCAAACCAUGUUCCCUGCCGCCUCCCCAAGAGUUCGGCAAAGGAAAUCCCUUCAUGCUGUUCCUGUGUCUAUCCAUCCUGUUGGAGCACCGAGACCACAUUAUCAAGAACAGUUUGGAUUACAAUGAGCUAGCCAUGCACUUUGACCGCCUUGUGCGGCGCCACAACCUGAGCAGGGUGCUGCAGCGAGCAAAGGCCUUAUUUGCAGACUACUUGCAGAGUGAAGUGUGGGACUCGGAAGAAGGGGAUGAGGUUAGCUCAGACUCCCCAACAGCAGCCACUGCUGCUCAACACUCCCCUUCUUCUACCAUCUCUGCUAGGCCCAUUUUCAGCCCUUUAGCAUCACCUCGGUCGUCAUCUCCAAACUCGACCUAUAACUUCGCAACCACUAUUCCCUCCCCAACUGCUCAAGUUUCUGUUUCUCCCACUUCCUGAUAAUGCCAUGCAUCACUUACUUCCCAUCCUCAGUGAAGUCCUCAGUAGACUGUUUGUGGCCCAUUGGAGCUGUCAAUCUUUUUUUAGACAGCCUCCCACAUUUACUUGGGCUAUUAAUAAUAUUCUCAUUCUGUGUAUGCCUGAAUACAUAUAUUCCUUAUGUCUGUAGUCAUUGUAAUAUUAUAACAUCGACCUUUCAAGUUGUUUGUCUGUUCUUCAAGCGGGGAUGAAAAAAUUGUAUCCUCACAUCCUGUGUUAUCGAUCGUUGCUGUUGCGCAAAAUGAUCAACCCUGUAAUUCAGACAGUUUGGCGGACUGAGUUUUGCCAGGACCAGCAAAAGUUAAGCCACUUUGUGCAUUUAGCCUGUGUUGCCCCCUUAAUUAACUAUGUUUAUAGCUCAUGUUAUGUCCAGAAGCAACACAAGUGUCUUAACUAAAGCAGCCAGUAGUUAAAACAUGAGGACAAAUCCAGACUCUCAAGCAGAACAUAAACUGACUUGUAAGUCAUGUAAUGUAUGUCAUCAGUCAGUCUAACAAAAUUAACUAAAAUAAACAGCACUUACAAACAAGAUAAAGCCAGCACACCUUCCUGACCUAACCUGUCACCAAUAACCUUAAGGGGUAAAUUGACCAUAAAUUUACAUACUGUAAACAAAUUGCUCCAAAAAAUAUUAGUUUUCAGACAGAACCCAAUGUGUAUUUUAGAGGCACAGCUGCAUACAAAUUCAAUCAGCAGAUGCAAGAGGCAGUCCCUUUUAAGAAUUCACAGCCUUUUUGGAGGGGAAAAAUACAUGCUUAUCCUGGAGCUUUAUGAAUCAAGUACAGAGACGAGAGGUAAACUGCAGUGAAAUAACUAUAAGAUUAGUCAGAGCAUGAGCUGUACACAGUCUGUGUUUAUGUUGCUGGUGACCUACAAUUAAAAUCUGUAACAUCACUGGCCUUUUGGCGCAAAUAAAUGCAGUAUAAUUCGCACUAACAACACAUGUGAAAAAGGUGAAAAUUUGCUUUGCCUUCUGUCUGAACAGACUUUAAACCCCCGAAUACGUCAGCAUUUAAAAGAAUGAAAUUUUAGACAAAAAUCAUCAUUUCAGUGAAACAGUGGUCAGUGGAUUAUCUGUGCAGAGCUUUUGCGUAGAUUUCAUCUUUGACACACAUUCGCACUGUUGACCAAUUAAGACUGUAUUGACAGUGCUGACCUUUUUGGGAACAGUCCAAAACAGAAGAAGCUGUCAUAUAAGUUGGCUGACCAUCCAGUGUUGUACCAUGCUCUGCCAAAGUAGAAGCUGCUCCACAAAAGACAUUCAGCAUGAUCAGUCAUUGCUUUAAAUAAGUGUAUUAACGAAUUUCAGGAGACAGAAAUGAAUUUCGCAUUUUCUGGUGUGACUGGCCAAUAAAGCUUGAAGCAUUCAAGCAUUUUGCUCUUCUAGCGAUAUCCUAGCCCCAUUUGUGACCUCAGCACUCUGUGAUUCAGACCCAAGCAUUCCCUACACAAAUUUUAUGGGGAAAUCAAUGGUGUUUUUUUCGUCAGCUGUCCAGCAGCAAAUGGCAUAUUCAAUGGUAUAUUUGUAAUAUCAAAGACUCAAAAUUCAGCAUUAAAAUCCAGUAUUGCCAGAGCGCCAGG